UCCUCACUCCCUCCCGAUGCCUUCCACUUCCCUCGCCGUCCCCACCGGCGCCGUCGGCGUCGCCGGCUCUCGCCGCUAUCCAUUCAUCAGCAACCGAUCAGCCUCAAGCGCCCCGCGCCUCCGCCGCGCGCCCCGGCUCGUCAUGGUCUCCGCCUCGGCGUCUCUCGAGGCCCUCAUCUUUGAUUGCGACGGCGUCAUACUGGAGUCAGAGCACCUCCACCGCCAGGCCUACAACGACGCGUUCGCGAACUUCGGGGUGCGCUGCCCGCCGGGCUCCGCCGACCUGCUGUACUGGGACGAGGCCUUCUACGACAACCUACAGAACCGCAUCGGCGGAGGGAAGCCCAAGAUGCGGUGGUACUUUGGGGAAAAUGGGUGGCCUCCUUCAAAGAUCUUUGAGACACCACCUUCGACUGACUCUGAUAAGGAGAAGCUGGUUGAUAUAAUUCAGGAUUGGAAAACAGAGAGAUACAAAGAAAUAAUAAACUCUGGAACUGUGAAGCCUAGACCUGGUGUCUUGCAGUUGAUGGAUGAAGUAAAGGAUGCGGGUAUCAAGCUUGCUGUUUGCUCUGCAGCAACUAAAAGUUCAGUCAUAAUGUGCCUUGAAAACCUUAUUGGACUUGAGCGAUUUAAUGGCCUGGAUUGCUUCCUUGCUGGUGAUGAUGUUAAACUAAAGAAGCCUGAUCCAACAAUAUAUAUAACAGCAUCAGAGAAAUUAGGUGUGGAAAGCAAGAACUGCCUUGUGGUUGAGGAUAGUGUCAUUGGAUUACAGGCUGCAAAAGGAGCAGGAAUGUCAUGUAUAAUAACAUAUACACCUUCAACUGCUAGCCAAGAUUUCAAGGAUGCAAUUGCUACCUAUCCUGACCUUAAUAAUGUCAGGCUUGAGGACCUCAAGCUAUUACUCCAGAAAACUCUUGUUACUGGAUAGCAAAGUGUCUUGUUUUCCCCAAAGAAUACAUUGAAAAUUUUCUUGAUGCAUGAUAAUCCACGCUAUUAUUCCCUGGAUGUUGAACAGUUGGUGAUGAGUGUUGAACAGUAGAUGAAUCCAAACAUACAUCUUGUUGAACAGUUGGUGCUGGAUGGUGGAAGGCAUGAUUACUCAGAUAGAUAAUUAAUGCAACUAGAAAGAUAGAUAGUUACGAUUGUUAAAACUUUUGUUGUGAAGAGUGAUACAAUUGUUGUGUAUCGAAAAACAAUUUUAUCUUACAUUUUGGAGAGAAAAAUUAUUAUCUCGGGGUGCCCCUC